AUGACCGACGCUAUAGUAGCUGAUGCGCAGAGGUAUUUACACAAUAUACCGCUCGAGGUAGUAUCGCAAGGUGCAGAGGCACUUGUAUUUUCAACAGAUGUGCAUCCAUACUUGUCCAAAGCGGACCAAAAAUCAUCCAUAAUCAAGUAUCGGCCUCCCAAGCCUUAUCGUCAUCCCAAGAUAGAUGCUUCUCUUACACGGUCUCGUACUAUUGGAGAGGCCAAGUUUAUGGCGAGACUAGCCAAAUUGGGUCUCAAUUGCCCGGGAUUGAUCCUGGUGGACGUAAGUCAUGGUAUAAUAUGGAUGGAGUUUAUAGGCACCAAGUUGGCCAAUGGCAGUAUAAGCUCUCUUAAAAACUGGUUAUGGAUAUUGGAAAAGACUGGAAACAAGGGCAAGUGUGAGUCGCUGGAUGUGGAGAUAAUUAUGAAUUCCGUUGGUGAAUUAAUAGGACGGUUGCAUUUGAACGACAUGAUACAUGGCGAUCUUACUUCGUCCAACAUAAUUUUAAUUGACGACCAAACCCAAGCCUCGUUAAUAGACUUUGGCUUAUCGUCAUAUUCUGGUCUUGCCGAGGAUAAAGCAGUUGACUUGUACGUUUUGGAGCGGGCCAUCAUGAGCACUCAUUCUUUAUACGCUGAAAAGUACAACAAAUGGCUUCUUUCUGGCUACGAAAACGCACAUAAAAACGCUGGAAAGCGAGGGAGCACUAAAUUGACGGAAACCAUCAAAAAGCUCGAAGAUGUACGUCUACGUGGUAGAAAGAGAAGCAUGCUUGGUUAA